AGGGUUUCUCCCCGGUGUGCGACCUCAUGUGUCUCAACAGAGACGAAUGAACGCUGAAGCUCAUGCUGCAGACGGAGCAGGCGAACGGUUUCUCACCGGUGUGCGUUCUCAUGUGGUUCACAAACGUGGACUGAAAUCUAAAGGUCAUGUCGCACACGGAACAGGAAAAGGGUUUCUCUCCGGCGUGGACUUUUGUGUGCGCUAUCCAAUGUUCCCUCUGUGCGAAUCUUUCGCUGCAGAAGGAGCAGGAAAUGAGUUUCUCUCCCGUGUGACACCUCAUGUGUCUUCGCAAGUUCUUCCUGUGGGCAAAGGCUUUGUGGCAACGGGAGCAUUUAAAGCGUUUGUUGUCACCGUGACGUGACGCCAUGUCCGCUUUCGAGUCUUCGUCGUCGGUGUCGGGGGAGCGCGACGUGGCGUCGUCGCUAUCUGAUAGCGGCGCCAAGAGGCUGUCUGCUUCUGAUCUUCCCGUCUUCUCGCCUUGACCGUGAUCCAGCGCUGAGCGCCGGGCUUCUUCUUCGUCCUCUUCGCUCUUCACGACCACUCGAGUGACUGGAAACUUGCCCGGGUCAGCCUCCUCCUUCUCCUCUUUAAUGCGGGGGGGCUGGCGCUCCUGCCGCUCAGGGGGGACAUCUUCCUCACCGACGUCUGGAGGACACAAGAGGACCAACACAUGUCAUACUUAGGAGCUGUCAGUCAAACUGCCGUUAUGGAAUUGUGCCUCUGUUUUCGUCCACUGCAGCCUGGAAGCAUGCCGGACCACGUGACGCUGCCAAACCAUUAUUAUUAUUAUUAUUAUUAUUAUUAUUUUCUACCGUCUGGAACGGAUCAAUUGGAUUGACAUCAUGUCCUAUGGGAAACAUUGCUUGGUUUUUCGUCAAAUGAAUAACGAAAACCGAGGCACCGCUGUACUGUUGCGAAGCCAACAAACCCGCUCCCUGCGACUCCAAUCGUGGCCUGAAAACGGCGUCCAGUAGUUGACGUUGUCGCUCGUUCUCCUCUUUUGUUCGAGAAAGUUCCUCCUCGUACUCUGCUAUGGUUCUUUCCAACACUACAAAUAUUUCUUCAACAGCCGCAGUUAGUCGCUGAUUCACCAACGCUCUCAGCAUUUGGACUUGACACAUUUUCACACGAUCCCGACGCUUGGCUGCUUUGUUGUUGCUAACUUCCGCGUCCCUUUUGUUUGCAGCUAGCAUGCACGGCUAGCUGGAGGAAGUGGGUUAACCCGCACGAUUCGACCCCUGGGUUUCUACGGUCACGUGACAUACACGGCGUAUUACGUGAACGACAACAACGAAACAGACUCCACGAAAUGUGUCGAACAACAGUGUUGGUUAAACUGCCCCGACGCUAGUGUCGUUGGGGGAAGUGACGUCAUGCAGGACGGUUGCCUUCCUUUUUCGGCUUUGCGAGCAUCCGUGAAGAAAAUACAAUUUCAGCGGGUUGGAGUUGCCCCUGAGCGGCAGGAGUGGAGCUCCAGGCCGGAGGGGGGGGAGCCCCGGCCCCCCGGCAUCAAAGAGGAGCGAGCGUGGACCCAGGAGGACGUCGGCACGUUUCCUGUGAUUUGUGUGAUUGUGAAGAGCGAAGACGACGACGGGGACGCUCGGCGGUCGCAGCUCGAUCGCGGUCCAAGCGAGGAGACGAGAAGAUCAGAAGACGGCGACCUCGCCUCGCCGCCGUCUGAUGCCGACGACCAGGGAGGCCCCGAAGCCGAUGGGACGCGGGACGCGGACCGGGCGGACGUGAAAUGCGAGCGAGCCUUUGACAGGAAGACGACUCUGAAGCGACACGCGAGGGACGGCGCGGGAGACGCCACAUUCAGAUGUUCGGCUUGUGGCGAGACGUUCGCUCAAAGGGAAGAUUGGGCGGAGCACACGAGAAGACACGCGGGACCAAAAACCUUCUCUUGUUCGGUCUGCAACAUGAUGUUCAGUUUCCAUUCCACGAUGAUGAGACACAUGAUCACGCACACGGGCGAGAAGGCCUUCACGUGCUCCGUCUGCGGUAAAGGUUUCUCUCGAAAGAUGAAUUUGAUGACGCACACGAGGACGCACACCGGGGAAAAGCCCUUCACGUGUUCGGUCUGCAAGUCCAGCUUCAGGUUCCAGUCCACGUUGGUGAACCACAUGAGGACGCACACCGGCGAGAAACCUUUCACCUGCUCCGUCUGCGACAUGAGUUUCAGCGUCCAUUCCUCGUGGUUCCGCCACACGAGAACGCACACCGGAGAGAAACCCUUCGUGUGCUCUGUUUGCGGCAAAGGCUUCACUCGGAAGGUCAAUUUGAAGGAACACACAAUAACGCACACGGGGGAGAAACCCUUCUCCUGCUCCGUCUGCAACGCCAGCUUUAGCUUUUAUUCAUCCAUGCUGAGACACGUGAGAACACACAGCGAGUAGAACGCUCGCCAGGUUCCUCAGGUUCCUCAGGUUCCUCAUGUUCAUCAUGCUCCUCAGGUUCCUCAGGUUCAUCAUGUUCCUCAGGUUCCUCGUGUUCCUCAGGUUCCAUGAAGUAAUCAAAGUGUUCUCCUAUGUGCCCUGCCACUCUGGAUGUUUGCUCAUUCAUUGUUGUGUAAUAAACGCCAUCCUCCCCCAAA